AUGACUAAUCGUACAGGUGUUCCUAACGACCUAUCUGUAUACUGGCACCAAUAUCCAUAUAGUCUCGGCGUGGUCUUCUGUAAGCUGAAGGCUCUCAUCUCUGAAGCAGCAUCGUAUGUGUCCGUGUUGACUAUAGUAGCGUUCACUCUCGAACGCUACCUGGCCAUCUGUCAUCCCUUACACAUAUACGCUGUGGCCGGUCUGCGGCGAGCCUUACGGAUAGUACUCUCUCUGUGGGUGUUGUCUCUGUUGGCUGCAUCACCCUUCGCUCAUUACACUACAGUCAAUUAUCAUCAAUAUCCACCGACAUCAGGGAAUGCUUCAUUGGAGUCAGCAUUCUGUGCUAUGCUUGAACUACCUUCCUGGUACAUCUGCGAGCUCAGUAGCUUCUUCUUCUUCCUUCUCCCUGGACUUGUCAUACUCUGCCUCUACGUCAGAAUGGGAUUACGGAUCAGUUCAACCCACACUCACACUCCUGUUAGUUCCGGGACUCUGAACGGAGUUAACGGCAGGUGUUCACGGAGAGGCGCGCCAGGCUCAGUCCAGAAAGAACAUCAUACGGAUGCUGAGUACAGAAAAGCUUUCAAGGAAACUCUCUGCUGUCGGAAGGUCCACAGAAUGAAAAGCAGCUCUGACAGCAGCAACUGGUACAGUGAACGAUGGAAGGACUUCAACAGACGACAGAAUGGACACUGGAAGAAGAACAACCACGAGGCGAGCGAGUUGAUGAUGAAAUAUUAUAAAUGUUAG